CAUUGGAGGACCGCCUCCCCUCCACCCCUCCCACUUCCGGAGUGGGCGUGGUCUCCCAUCACGUGACCAGGCCGCCACCAUGAGCGGCGCGCUCACGCAGGGCCUGGAGCGCGUGCCCGCGCAGGUCGGAUACCUCGUGAUCAGUGACGGAGCCGUCCUGGCGUCCUCAGGUGAGCUCCAGAACGAUGAGGUCUCUGCUGGUCUCCUCUCAUCUCUGGUGUCUGCAGCUGCAGGACUGAGGCUGCAGCGAGGGACAGAGCCCCCGUUCAAGCGGCUGUCGGUUGUCUUCGGGGAUCACUCUCUCCUCGUCACCGUCUCAGGACAGAAGCUGUUUGUGGUGAAGCGUCAGAACCACGUCCAGGAGCCGCUCACCGUCUGACCCCACUGACCCCCACUGACCCCCACUGACCCCCAUUG